AUGCCACGUCUGGCGAAAUCCUCGUCUUCAGCAGCGCUUCUCAAUGGCUGCAUAGAAGGCGACCGCAUCAGCUCAACUGCUCUUCACCGCAGUGUCAGCUUCAAACCAUCAAACGCGGCCCGCUUGUCAAGGAACCCUGAUGGUGUCGUGUCGUUCUUCAACCGACACUCAUCUUCAAACUUGGCGGACACAGAUGAUUCUAGACUGGGUACCGUAACCGAAGGUCAAGAAACAGUAACGACAAAGCAACGAGUACAAGUCGGUGACGGCGUGAAAGCACUGCUGGCGUCGAGACGCAAAUUGAAUCCUCCUGAAAAAACCGUAUCCCAUUUCAAGAAGUUGAAGCGUAGUUUAAGUGCACGUCUCCUCGGCAACCACAAAUCCAGCAGAAGAAUCGAACGUCAAUGCCGUUCAUUUGCUAUCAAAAAUCACAGCGAUCAAUCCUCGACCAACUCUUCACCUCUGUGA